GGGUGGCGCAUGUCGCAGGACAAAAGAAGCGCGAAGAUAUCAACGGAAGGUCAGUGACUGCAGUGCGGAAAUGGCAAUCACGAUAAGGAGAGGCUACACCCUUGAGCGAAUCCAAUAUCUCUUGCGGAUUGCAGGUCAAUCACCACCCUGUAGACCUUCAACAAAGCAAAGACAGCAAAAACAGGGGUAUGCCAAUCUGAUUCAAAUCAAUUAUCGUCGUACCCUUGUGCGAGCUUUCACAAAGCUGUCUCACAGUCGAUCAGCAAUAACAGGAUAUAUCGGGUCGUCUACUUCGCUCGUCACUCAUCAGCACAAAUGUACAGUGCCAUGGCCAGUGAAGGAGGUCUUCAUACCAGUGAAGAUGGCCCCUGUCUCGAAUACGACACUCCGCCGAACUCACCUCCCCUUCAAUCCAUCACUGCAGACGAAGCUACAAAGUUUGCCACUCCCGUUGUCAAACCUGAAUCUGAACGAAAGCCUGGCGAACCUCGUUUCCCCUCUCAUAACGCCCACGGGGACAAGCAAUGCAUCAACUGUCAAGAAACUGAUACGCCGCAAUGGCGAAGUGGUCUUUGCAACGCAUGUGCGUUGUGGAAACGAUCAAGAGGUACAGAUCGACCUUUACCACUCUUGUUUCCCAUUCGAAAGCGUCCAGAAUCACCGUCACCACCGAGCGACGAUGAAGACGAAGUUGAUGCUUCAGAGUCAGACUUUUCGACGGAGUAUGGAAAGGCUUAUCCUUAUUCGCGUCUGGCUUCACCCUCACCUUGGGCUUCUUCUACCUUUCAUGAGGAGUCUGAAGGAUGUACUAUGUGUGGCAGCAGGAGCGAGAUUCGCAUCCGCGGACGCACCUUCUGUCAGCCAUGUGCCACUCGCAUUGGGGGCAUUCCAGGCGUGCCUCAACCUAGGCCUCGAUCUACUCAGCCCUCGGCCAUAUUCCCCUCUUACAGAGCACCCAUAUCAACGUCUUCAUUGUCGAGUCGGGAAAUUCAGACUCCUCGAUCGUCUCAGCUGUAUCAGGCACGAUGGCCGAGAUUGCCACCUGGUCAUCAAGGAUCACCACAACACACACCGCUUUCAGCACGCCAGCAUGUCGGUCAGAGACCUACCGAUCGCCGUUCAGCCCAAGUAAUGGUACCACCAGGUUCAAGCUCAGGUGGUGGUCGAAGACGAGCAGCUACUGUCAGUGGGAAUGGACCAGCGGACGAACUGGCCCAUCCUUCAGCUACGGUCCAUCUGCAGGUCCCUCAACCGCCACAACCGCCUGCUCCACGGAGAGAGAACUCUUAUCAUAGUCCUAUACCUCCUUCCAGAGUCCUACCUACUAGCGCUGCAAAGAAGAUCCGUAUCCGUUUAUCACCUUCUCCGCCUCGACAAAUCGACAAAGACGGUCGGACCGGUCGUCGAGCCACCAUCUCUGGAAGCCCACCUCGAAACAAGGAUCUCCAGACAGCUUUGCCCUCACUGUCCGACCCCGUCUGGGGGGUAUCAGGACUCGAAGGAGCAGCCAGUGUAGUGAGUCCUGUGGUAAAAAGCUUGCCUCGCCAUGGGGAGUUCAUGGAGAAGGCUCAAUGGAUCUGGGGCGUUUUAGAUAGCACGAGCAGAUUGUUGGGAGAAUUGGAAUUGGAUGGCAGACCCGAACAAUGAUCAUGAUUUGGUAUGAUUUUCUAAGGUUUCCAUCCGGCGUCUUUGCCUCUAUGCAUACUCUAUGAGCGAAUCAAACUGUCAUCAGAUUGUGUAGAGGGUGAAAGUGGAUUGAGAAGUAAUCAGAAAAAUGAUUUGAACGAUUUGGAUAGUUUGGACGUGUCUAAGUUUGAUCCGCUUAUGCCCCUUUCAGUUGAUCGUCUCUCACCCCAAGCCGAACGAUUGUUACCAACCUCCCUGAGAGUUGCGGUUAUCAUCGUAGU